UGUACGGACAAUUUAAUAUGUUUAAGAUAAAUGAUGAGAAGUUAAUAAAAAUAAGAAGAAAUGAAGAAUGAAGAAUGAGAAGAGAAAAGAAGCAGGGCACCGGAUAAAUAUAAGAACGUUCCUGAUUCUUGAAGGCGGUCGACCUGUCGGUACGAUAGAAAACAGGUGUUUAUAAUCGGUAGGUUCCGUCCACCGAGCGAGGCGGCAGGGCUGUGGCUCUUGUGGCAACAUACAAGGGGGCGCGCCAUGCUCGUGGCAAGACUUCUUGUUGCUCUCAUUCCCAGGCGAAAUACUGUUCGUCGCUGUUUUCUGUUGUGUUUUUGGGAUAGUAGAAGGCGAAAAACAUGUCGUUUUGAUAAUCUUACGUACGAUAAAACGGGCCUGAGCGGAUUGAUCGUGGUGCCCAGGGUCGGCCGGCGCUCCUAUACCGUGGCCCCGUGCUACGUGCAGGUGUAAUUUAAUAAGGAGCGCAGGGGAGGUUGGCGAUUUAACAGGGAUAUCGAUUUGUCCGCCGAGUGCUGUGCUGGCUCCAUCGCAAGACCCAGAAGCAGGCAGCCAUGGACGUCGAUAUUUUUGGGGCACAGCCUGCCGCAGCACCGUGUUGGGUAUGUUGCGUCCGAGCGAGUCCAGAGGCCUGAUAGGGCCCGAGAAAUGCGACGAUUCGCCGGCCGAUAACGCGGUGCGAGAGUAGGCAGUAAAAAAGGGGCAAAGACGGCGAGCCGCGGUACGGCGGUACGCUCCUUACCACGAAUUUUAUUGUCAGGACGGCGUGCCGCGUAGGAAUUCAAAGAAUUUUUCAGUAUCAGGACCGUACCGAUAAACCACGAUGGAUCUUGGCAUCGUAGGUAAUGCAACGGGUGCAUCCGGGGGGGCCGUCGCCUGUCCCGUUUGCACUCUUUAUUUGCGCGAGGGUAUCAGCCUUCAAAGACACUUGGAUACACAUCCCAAGGAACAGGUCAUAGAGGCCCUCAUUAAAGCCAGCUCUACGACCUCUCAACAGACACAACAACUUCCAUCGCCAACAUCAGUACCUCCUGUUCCUUCCAGCAUUCAAUCACCACAGAAUACACCGCAGCACAUCCAACAGACGACUGCACAUGUUUCUGCUCAGUCUCCAUAUCCCAUAGGGCCUAUAUUUGAAUGUCCACCGAUUGGUACUAUGAUGCCUCCUCAAUUUGCCUCGUUUAGUUAUCAACAAUUUGUCAAUAAUGGGACCAUGAUGAUACCACAGUACGCAAUGGCUCCGCAGACUAAUCAGAUGAUGCAAAUGUUGUAUAAUCCAUAUGGUAUGUAUCAGCAGCAACAGAUACCUACUGUUCAAAUGAUCUCUCCGGUUGCAGCCAUUCCUAAUACCACAAGGAUAAGACCUGUGGUUACUAUGGCUGGUGAAACCAAUAACAGGACCACCAUCACCGUACCUGUAAAUAGUUCUGAGCCAAAGCAGAUCUUACCUGAGAUAUUGCCAGAGCCUGAAGUAGAAAAUGAACAAGAUCUGCCUGACAUAAAUUUCCCAGCAUCCCCCGAAGUAGCUAAUGAAAAUACUUCUAUGCAGCAAGAUGGAAAUGAAAAUAGUAGAAUUCAAAUAGAACAUAGAGGCCAACAGAUACAAAAUCCAACCAUUCAGGAUCAAAGUUCUGUGCAGCACGAAUACAAUAGCAUUCCUAGAUCUUUAACUAUCGCUUGUAACAUUGAAAAUGAAGAUGAUGACAAUGCCGAAAGUGUAUUGCCUGAUAUAGACGAAAGAGAAACGGCACACAUAGUUGCAUCGGUUGUCCAAUGCAAACCCACACAUUAUGAAGAACAAUCUGAAAUACGAAGGUUUGAUCAAGAAUAUAAAAAUGAUACUAGUAAGCUCAAUUUAGAAACGCAAGAUGUACUUGGAAAUACUAUUGCAAUAGAAAAGGAAAAAUUAGAGGGGGAGAAGUCUUCGGAUGAAAAAGAUAAGAGUGAAAAUGAAUCUGUCCCAUCUCAAGUUCCUUCAACAGAAAUGACAAAAGAUACUGCACAACCUGAGGUAGAACAAUUGGAACAAUUAUUAAUCACUAUUAUGGAAUCAGAAUUUAAUAGUGCAUCAACGAAGGAGCAUGACGUACAGAAGGAUGAGGAAGGGAAGGAAAGUAUGGAGGAAAGUGCUUCAGUUCAUGCGGACGAGGAAAUAACUCCGAAUAUAAUAGAUGUGAUUUCAAACUCUCAUAGCAGUGAUAUCAAGGAAUGUAAUAUAGAAAUGGAAAUUACGGAAGAACCAAAAAUAUGUGUAGAAGACAAAUCAGACAAAAGUUAUAUUUUAUAUCAUUACAAGGACAGUUUAUCUGCUCCACCCUCGCCAGCAAUACGAAAGAAGUCUACUCGAACAUAUUCAGUUCGUUCAGAAUUUGGAUCAAACGAAAAUCUUAGUGUUUAUCCUGUCGGAUUUGAUGCUACUACAUUGCAAGACGAAGAGGACGACGACGAAAAGAACAUGACAGAAGAUAAUUUUGAUGAAGCAGACAUGGAAAUAGAAGCAAUACCUAGUCCUCAUACACCUUUCAUGAAGUAUGGUGAAAGUGCAGAUGGUGUUAGAUCCCAUACUCCAUUGUCUGCUAUUAGUGGUAUAUCAGUACUAAGAGUUCGAAAAGAUUUAAGCAAACCUUGUUCUCCUGCAUCUGCACAUUCAUUUUGUCAUAUAGAUGGUGAUAGUUUGAGCCAUGAUGAUGAAAGUAACGAUUUAAGAGAAAUUACAAUGGAAAAAGAUCCUAUUAGUUGUCCACAAAUUGAAGAAGAAUUGAAAGUUGAUAAAUAUGAAGAGAAUGUAUGUGAAAAUGUGGAGAAGAAGGGUAAUAAUUCAAAUCAUGUGUAUCAUCAAUCUGUAAUAACAGAGCAUGUUAGCUUAUUUCCACCAAUUCAUUCUCAACAACCUGUUUUAAUACAGGAUUCUUAUCCAUUACCAAAUAACAAAAAUCAUAAUCUUUUAAAUUUAUCAGAAUCCAUCAAUCCAACUACAAGCACUGAAUCAAAGAAUUAUCAUUGUAGUAAAUCAAUUAUUCAAAAACAGUCAAUGGAACUUCUUAAUAUAAAUGAGGAUGCUCAUGCUGGUCCAAUGAAUGUUUUUGAGUUUGAUGGACUUCAAAUUUUAGUUCCUAGUACAUUUAUAAGUGAAUCAUCACAAAAAGCAGUGAGUGCAACUAGCCAGCAAUCUAUGGCAAGUAGCGAGGGAGGUGCAGGUAUUGACGAAGAAGUCAAAAGUGUUAAUAUGCGUGCUGACGAAACUAUGCCACCCAGAGGUGAAUUAUCAGAACAAGAAAGUAAUGGCUGUACAGAACAGUCUGCUUGGCAGGUUUAUAUGGGCCAAGAAUCUUCAAGAAUGUCAACUUCUUAUGAUCUAAUGGCAAGGGAAAGUUGGGAAGAAUCAGAAGGAUCAGACAAUGAAAUUAGUGGUCCAUUGUUAGAUAGUCGAUCUUUAGCUACGCAUUUUACAUCUAGCUUAUUCUUAGAUCGUGAUAGAAAGACGCCUACAAAAAGGACAUUUAAAUGUUCACAUUGUCCAGAGGUUUUUGACUGUCCUAAAGAACGUAGAGUCCAUAGUACAAUGGUGCACAAAGAACCUGGACCUAGCGGUAGUAGAGAUGCAACAGAACAACCAGAAGUAAAAGAUAUAAAAUUAUUAGACGGGCGUAUGAAUGUGUUUGAUGAUAUUUUUGUACCAGGCUUACAUGUGCAACAAAUGUAUCAUCAACAGCCAUUGUUACAUCAACUCCAACCGCCACAACCAGAUUUAGCAAAAAUAGAAACCGAUCAGAAAGGUGAAAAUUUGACAAUUCCUUCGACAGUAGAGGUAUCUUGUGCAUUAUGCAAUCAACGAUUUAAUAGUGAAAAAGCUUUACAGUUACAUCAUAAGAGAAUGCAUAUAGUUGAAAAUAUUGAAACGUUUCGUGGGAUUAAAAAAAAUAAAAUGACUACGAAAAGGAAACCUGAAACACAAGUACCAGCAGAAGAAAGUGAUUUACUUUCAAUUCGACCACUUGGUGCGGGUCAAGAGGUUGGAAGAUCAUGUAUAAUGUUGGAAUUUAAAGGAAAAAAAAUUAUGUUGGACUGUGGUAUACAUCCUGGAUUAUCUGGUAUGGACGCUUUACCAUUUGUAGAUUUAGUAGAAGCUGAUGAAAUAGAUUUGUUACUGAUCUCACAUUUUCAUUUGGAUCAUUGCGGUGCCUUACCGUGGUUUCUUCAGAAGACAAGUUUCAAAGGACGUUGUUUCAUGACUCAUGCAACUAAAGCAAUUUAUCGUUGGCUUUUAUCUGAUUAUAUUAAAGUAAGUAAUAUUGCAACAGAGCAAAUGCUAUAUACAGAAUCAGAUUUAGAGACUAGUAUGGAUAAAAUAGAAACAAUAAAUUUUCAUGAGGAAAAAGAUGUUUUUGGGAUAAAGUUUUGGGCAUAUAAUGCUGGACACGUGUUAGGUGCUGCUAUGUUUAUGAUAGAAAUAGCUGGUGUUAAAAUUUUAUAUACUGGAGAUUUUAGUCGUCAAGAGGAUAGGCAUUUAAUGGCUGCUGAAAUACCAAAUAUUCAUCCAGAUGUAUUAAUAACAGAAUCUACGUAUGGAACACAUAUUCAUGAGAAGAGAGAAGACAGAGAAGGAAGAUUUACAAAUUUAGUUCAUGAAAUUGUUAAUCGAGGUGGUAGAUGUUUAAUACCAGUUUUUGCUUUAGGAAGAGCACAAGAACUUCUUCUUAUUUUGGAUGAAUAUUGGAGUCAACAUCCUGAAUUACAUGAAAUACCAAUUUAUUAUGCAUCUUCUUUGGCAAAAAAAUGUAUGGCUGUUUAUCAAACAUACGUAAAUGCAAUGAAUGAUAAAAUUAGACGGCAGAUAGCAAUCAAUAAUCCAUUUGUAUUUAAACAUAUUUCAAAUUUAAAAGGUAUCGAUCAUUUUGAAGAUAUUGGACCUUGCGUGGUUAUGGCAUCUCCAGGUAUGAUGCAAAGUGGCUUAUCAAGAGAAUUAUUUGAAUCUUGGUGUACUGAUGCAAAGAAUGGUGUUAUAAUAGCUGGUUACUGCGUAGAGGGUACAUUAGCAAAAACUAUUUUAUCGGAACCAGAAGAAAUUACAACUAUGUCUGGACAGAAAUUGCCAUUGAAAAUGUCAGUCGAUUACAUAUCAUUUUCAGCUCACACUGAUUAUCAACAAACUUCAGAAUUUAUACGUAUUUUGAAACCACCUCAUGUAGUACUUGUACAUGGUGAACAGAAUGAAAUGGGAAGAUUAAAAGCUGCUUUACAACGAGAAUAUGAAGAUGAUCCAAAUACUACAAUGGAAAUUCAUAAUCCUAGGAAUACAGUUGCUGUAGAGUUAUAUUUUAGAGGAGAAAAAACUGCUAAAGUUAUGGGCACAUUAGCCAUGGAAACACCAAAUCCAGGACAAAAAUUAUCUGGUGUUUUGGUUAAACGUAAUUUUAAUUAUCAUAUGUUAGCUCCUUGUGAUUUAUCAAAAUACACAGAUAUGAGUAUGAGUCAAGUUAUACAACGGCAAAGUGUCUACUUUUCAGCUUCGUUACCAGUAUUAAAACAUCUUCUAACGCAAAUAGCCGGCAACUUAGAAGUUAUAGAUGAUAAAAAAUUAAGGGUUUUUAAAAAUAUUGAUGUGACUAUUGAUGGAAAGAUUGUUAUGAUGGAAUGGAUUGCCACACCAGUGAAUGAUAUGUAUGCAGACUCUGUUUUAACUGCAAUAUUGCAAGCUGAGAUGAUGGAACAACCUCCUAAAAUGUUACCUGCACCAACAAAAAUGGAUAGAAUGCAUUUUAAAGAAUGUCUAAUAGAAAUGUUACAAGAAAUGUUCGGAGAAGAUUCAGUUCCGAAAAUUUUUAAAGGAGAAAAAUUAUAUGUAACUGUUGAUGGUAAAAAGGCACAUAUAGAUUUAUUAAACUUAGAAGUUACCAGUAAAGAUGACGAAACUUUUCAACAAAUAGUACAAACAGCUGUAACAAAGUUACAUCAAUCAUUAGCACCACCUUGUGAUACAAUAUGAGUGAUUACAUUUUCAAAUAUUUUUAUAUGCUUGCACAAUACAAUAUUAUGAAAUAUGAUUUAUUUCGACUAAUAUUUUAAUAUAUCAAAAAUACAUAAAAUAUAGAAAUUACAUUUCCAUUGAUUUACUAAUAUGACAAGGUAUAUAUUAU